CCUCGCUUGCAUCCCGUCUGUCUGAACGGCCAUGCAACCAUGCUCUGAUUGACAUCUCCCCAACUCACGCUCUCUCCCAUCACCUCACUCCAGCCAUGAGCCCACCUGGUGCACCACGGCCCCGACAUGUCCUCGCUAGGCCACCGAGACGGUUUGGCACGCAACUACCCUCCACCUCGCCCCUCCCCUCGCCCACACAACACCGUCUUCGACAAUGACACCGACAUCCUGCCCGCCUCCCCUCACAUCCUCACCCGCCAGCCCAGCCAAGACAUCGGCGACAGGCAAGACGAGCAACUCCCCAUCCUCACCCACCGCCUUCGACACACCAGCUCGAUUCUCGCCAUAGUGCUCAGCGACGAAUACAUCUACGCCGGCACGCAGGCGGGCGAAAUCCUCGUCUACGGCCUGCGCACGUUCGAACGCAAAGCCGUCAUCGAAGGCCACAGGGGGAGCGUGCUGGGCCUGUGCCUUAAUGCAGACCACUCCCUGCUGUUUUCCAGCGCCGGCGACCGCAUUGUCAACGUCUGGCGUACGAGAGACUACACCCGCCACAGCUGCCUCUACUCCUCCUACGAUGUCGGCGAUAUCUUUUGCGUCGCGCACUCCAGCGUGCUGCAGACGGUGUACAUGGGCGCGCAGAAUACGUCGAUACAAUGGUGUCGGGAAGAUAAGAAGGGGACGCAUGCAGCUCCUACGAAACCGGCCGUUGUCGCUAUAAGAGAUGAUGAUUUCUUUGAGUCGAGGAGCGUUACUGGCUUGCGUACACCUCGGCCGCUGGAUGCUGAGGAUGUACCCAGACACGCAACUGGAGGCGAGACAAUCGAAAUUGACAGGCAGAACAUCAUCCAUUUCGCUCACUACGGCUAUGUGUAUUGCAUGCUGCUCGCAAGCUCUUUACCGGGAUCUGCUUCCAAUCAGGAGGUGCUGGUGACUGGUGGAGGCGAUGGCGUGGUCAAGGUCUGGGCUCUCGAUCCCGAGACUGGUGCGCCCUCCGAGCUCUUCGAUCUGGAAGAUGGACGGGAAGAGGGACAUUCCAUUUUAUCCAUCUCUCUCAACGAUUCCUUCUUGUACUCCGGUCGAUCGGGCGGAGAAGUCGAUGUGUGGGAUCUCGAGACCCGCCAACUCAUACGCAACUUAAAGGCUCAUCGUGACGAUGUGCAGACUGUUCUGGUGGGCGGCGGGUUCAUGUUCAGUGCUGCAAUCACCGGCUACGUGCGCAAGUUUGAUCGACAGUACAAUCUCAAGAGUCGAUUGAAAGCGCACGAUGGAAGAGUCCUCACCAGUGCAUUUACCUACCAUCGAAGACGCCCGAUAUAUGUCACGGGCGGAAACGACAAUACGCUGGCCGUCUGGGAUGUGAGCGAUUGUGUCACAAUCCCAAUGACUGUAUCGCGGACGAGCAAUGAGCAACUCGUCGACUCGCUGGGAAAGUUCAUCAGCUUCCGCACCGUCUCUUCCGAUCCGCACUGCGCUGUGGACUGCCGUCGAGGCGCAUCAUACUUGCGAUCGGUGUUCAAGAACUUCGGUGCAGCAACAGAGAUGCUGAGCACACAAGCCGACCCAAACCACUCCUACAACCCCAUCAUCCUCGCCAAAUUCAUGGGCAACCCGGCGCACAACGGCAAGGGGAAGCGUAAAAAGAUCCUGUUCUAUGGCCACUACGACGUCGUGCCCGCAGAGAAUUGGAACGGCAAAUGGAUCGUCGAUCCCUUUCAAAUGGAGGGCAUUGACGGCUAUCUGUACGGCCGAGGGACCAGCGACAACAAGGGCCCCAUCAUGGCUGCCAUCUUCGCCUGUGCCGAACUUCGAAGCGAGCAAGCACUCGGCUCUGAUGUGAUCUUCUUGAUCGAAGGCGAAGAGGAAAGCGGAAGCAGAGGCUUCGAACAGGCCAUUAGAGCCAACAAGGACAAGAUUGGCGACGUCGAUUGGAUCCUCCUGGCGAACAGCUACUGGCUUGACGAUCGCAUUCCUUGCCUGACAUAUGGUCUACGCGGAGUGAUCCAUGCCAAGGUGCAGAUUGACAGCGCCCGGCCGGAUAUGCACUCUGGUGUAGACGGGAGUGCGCAGCUGGACGAGAGUCUGAAAGACCUCGUCAUGUUGCUAAGCAAGCUCACCGGCAAGCACGGCGACGUCAAAAUCCCCGGCUUCUACGAUCCAAUCUUGCCCUUGACGCAGCAAGAGAAGCAGCUCUACACCGACAUCACGACAGCAUUGGUGCAACGCAACCCCGACCUAGGCGAUCCCGAGGCCCUCGCGAAAUCACUGAUGCGUCGCUGGCGAGAAGCCUCCCUCACCCUCCACCACUUCCACACCUCCGGCCCCGAAAACGCCACCAUCAUCCCCCGCUCCGCCCGCGCCGCCCUCUCCAUGCGCCUCGUACCCAACCAAGAAGCAGACAAAGUCGCCACCGCCCUGGUCGAGCACCUGCAAUCCGAAUUCCUCAAACUCGACUCCAACAACACCCUCACCAUCACCAUCGACCACCAAGCCGAGCCCUGGCUGGGCGACUGGACGAACGAGCUCUUCCAAACGCUCGAGCGCGCCGUCAUGAGCGUCUGGGGCCCCAUCGAUCAAUCUCACCGACGCCGCUCAUCCAUCGCUCCGCCUCACAUCACUGUGCCGCCAUCAAAGGAUGCAACGGGCUACUUCGCCGCCAAGAAAUCGCCUACCACCUCUUCCGACCUCGCGAACGGCAGCGCCGUCUCCCCCUCCCCUCUCUCCCCAAUGAGCCAAGUAAACGCUAAACUGGAGGACUUCACACACACCCAGACAUCCAAAAAGGGCACCGGCUCUCCCACGAAGCGCCGCAGUACGGGCAAACGCGGAGCCUCGGUGACCGAAAUCCCCCCUGCGCCUCCUCCAGCUCCCAAACCUUUGCAAAAGCCUUUGUACAUCCGGGAAGGCGGGUCCAUCCCUGCGAUUCGCUUUUUGGAAAAAGAGUUUGGGGCCCCCGCCGCGCAUUUGCCGUGUGGGCAGGCGAGUGAUUCGGCGCAUUUGGAUAAUGAGCGGUUGAGGCUUGUGAAUCUUUAUAAGAGUCGGGAGGUGUUUAAGGAGGUGUUUCGCGAGGUUGUGGGGAGGUAGAUGGCUAAGGGAUGCAUGAGCGUUACAAUGUUCUGCAUGGGAGAUGACGGGGGCUGUUUGCGAUCUUACUUGCAUAUCGACACGAGCUUCGAGACGUUUG